AUGACGGCGAGGGGGGGCGAAGAGAGGGGGCAGCAAGCUGGUGGAGACGAGUUCUACCUCCGCUACUACGUGGGGCACAAGGGCAAGUUCGGUCAUGAGUUCCUGGAGUUUGAGUUCCGCCCCGACGGCAAGCUUCGAUACGCCAACAACUCCAACUACAAGAACGACACCAUGAUUCGGAAGGAGCUCUUCGUGACCCCCGCUGUCAUCCGCGAGUGCCGCCGCAUCAUCGCGGAGAGCGAGGUACUCUUUCCUCCUUUCUCGCUUGCCCUCUAUUUUUUUGGUGAUUUUAGUGCUGGGGUUUUUGUUUGUCUUAGGGUUUUUGGUGGGAUUUACAUUUUUAGGUGAUUUUGGUGUUUUUCUUUGUAAGUUUUGGUUUUUGUUUUUGUAUUUUUCUGUGGACUCUCAUCAUGCUCUGGCUCCUGAUUUGGCCGUCGAUGGUACAGAUCAUGAAAGAAGAUGACAACAACUGGCCCGAACCAGACAGAGUUGGUAGACAGGAAUUGGAGAUUGUGAUGGGGAAUGAACACAUCUCCUUCACCACAUCCAAGAUUGGGUCCCUCGUCGACGUCCAAACUAGCCGUGAUCCUGAGGGCCUUCGCAUCUUCUACUAUCUUGUCCAGGUUUGUUGGUAACUGGAAAACUUUCAUUCAUGUCUUUCUCUCUCUCUAAAGACAGUAUUUCAUUCAUUAUAAAUUAUAGGUGAGUUAGUGGCAUCCUGAAGGAGGUAAUCUCCAUCGCUGAUGGUGUAGAAAACAGGAUAUGGCUUUCUUGAGCAGAAAAAUCUGUCACAUUAUUUAGCUAAGAAGAAGGAUAAUAACACGGACUGCGUAGAACCCUACGGAAAAAAUUGUGAAAUAUUUUUCUGCUCUGAAAUGGAAAGAGCAUAAUAUUUCUUGUUGAGCAGACGCUUAUAACUGGAACUGUAAUGAUUUUUUCUUAUAACACUUCUCCUUGCAUUAGUCUACCCUACUAGUUAGGACCCCAGGAAUUUUUACUUAGUGAAAACUCAUCAGUGUGAUAACACAUUCCCAAUCUCCUUUUAACGCAAAUUUAUGAUAUGUGCCUACUACUCUUUGUCCUCAGGAUCUGGCCACAACUUAUUUUACGGAAGAUUGAGUGGAUUAACAUUUUUACCAGGUUCCUUCUGUAACAGGUUCAAUCAACCGGGCUUUGAUGAACGCGAAACGUCUUAGCUAGUUUCUGUCUGAAUGCUUUAUUUCAUGAAAACCGCUCACAAUUGAGUCCCCUAGUAUUCCAUGAGCUGUGCAGAUGCUCGAGUUACAGUUCACGGCCUUUCUUCAUUUUUCUUCGUCUGUCUUCAUUUAGUAUCUUGUAGUAAACAUGCUCCCAAAAGAAGACUGGGCACCCGUUGCUUACCAUAUUCCAUCUGAGAGGAGCAUAAACAAAGAUUAUUCCUUAUACUCUAUCAGGAAAUAGGGUGCCUUUUGGAGAAUCGAAGAAUCUUUACUGCUCAAGUUCAAACUUUCUUACUUGCCUCGUUUAAGAAUAUCAUCCUCAACCCUACUUGCUUUGGGCGGAGUGUCUUGAUAGUAGGAGCUUACUUUUCCGCUGCCCCUUGUUUUGAAAGUAGCAGAACAUUAGUGUAUCUCAGACAUGGCCUAGUUGUUGAAUUGGCUUGAUACUUCGAUUGUCCUUUCUUAAUGAAGUGCAUGAAACGUCGAACGCCUUCACCAUGCCAACAUAAAUCCCUUUAAAAAGCGAAAGAAACCGUCGUCUGUUGACAUAUCGUCCUCCAAGCAUGUUUUUUGUGUCAGGAUUGAUUGCUGCUUGUUUUUCUAUCCCUUUGAUCCCUGAGAAAAUUUCUUAGCGAAAAAGCUUUCUGAAUCCUGCAAUUCUUCAGGCCAUUUAUGCUUGGUCCAACUUGCUCUUAUUCGGAGCUUCAGGAAAGUUUAUACUCAUCUUAGUCACCUUGACAUUGAUUUACGCUUGUUUGUCUACUUGAUCAACGUGGGCGAGCGACCUUGCCCAAUUGAAGCAAUCAUUUAAACUCUGCUCCUGUACAUUUUCAAGUAAUGCAGUGUUCUUAGGCUAAACGAAGAACGUUGAUAAAUACUCCAUAAAAUGGAUUUUCAGAAUGUUAAAGCUCGUCUGUUGAUUGGUGACAUGUCUAUAUUCAUCUUUGACAUGGAUUGCCUGUGAUCAUCAAUCUAAGAACUGGUCAUUGAUGCUAAAGAGCUCAUCGACUGACAGGGCAUGGAAGAUUAAGAUGAUCUCGAGAAAGUAAUGUCUUGACGCUUUUAUGAUUUCAUCUUAAAUGUUUCCCAUUUGGUGAACUUUAGACCUAAUUAAGAAGGUUGGUGAUAUGAGGAUGUAUAAACUAGGGCUAGAGAUGUAUAAAUAUACUGUUCCAUAGAUAAAUUGUUUUAGUUCGAAUAAUGGGAGAGACCCUCCGUACGCCACUGAUUAAUGCGAAUUAUUUUUCCCAUCAGAAGGUUUCUGACCAUUUUCCCUCGUCAGAUUAGUGUCAAUACUUCAAUCCAUCGAAACUUUGACUUUUUAGCCUCUUCUGCUUAGUGAUACCAUACGCUGACUCUUAAUGAAUGUCUGGAUUUCCUUGAUUUCCCAAGUUAAGACGUGCUGAUUUGCAUUCUGGUCCUCAGUUCGAUGAUAUCUUUUAUGAUUCCCUCCUUUAGAAAGGGAAAAUCUCUUGUGGCACCCAAGUUUGACUUGAGAGAAGUGUAACCAUUUUUGUCUAUAAUAAAUGUAAAAAAAACAAACAAAGAUCUUAUUUUAUUCCUUUUUCUUUUCUAUCUGGACCUGGAAAUCUUGCUCUGAUGCACACUGCUCAGGAGGAAGGAAGAAGAGGGGCAUUCUCUCUCAAUGGAAAUCCCUUGAAUUCUUUGCUUUUUUUUUGUGGUUGCAGGACCUGAAGUGCUUCGUGUUCUCUCUCAUAUCUCUCCACUUCAAGAUCAAGCCCAUCCAGUCUUAG